AUGGACAGUGAAUCGAGCCUCCAUCACCUAAUAAACGCUUAUGGAGAGGCCACGGAGAAUGGACAGCAGGAGCUUGCCAGGGUGAUUGUGAAUAUAGAUAAGAAGAGCAAUUCCCUGGGAAAGACAAUGGAAAGGGUAGCCUUCCAUUUAUUCCAGUUGAAACAAAAUCAAGGCGAAUACCUGAGACAAGAAUCACUCAGGAAUUUUAGAGCAGCAUUCAAGGCGUUAUACCAAGGUAUCCCGUAUGGGAUAAUAGUUCAUUUUGUUGCCAACUCGGCAAUUCUAGAAGCUAUGCCAGAAUAUGCAGAAACAAUUCACAUAGUUGAUUUUUAUAUUGGAGAAGGGAUACGAUGGCCUCCAGUCAUUGAAGCCAUAAGUCGAAUGCAUAAGGCGCUAAGAUUCACAUUGAUAAAAUCAGAAGAUGAAUGCAGCUCUCCUUGUUGGGACAUUGAGGACACGAAACAACAGCUCCAAGAUCAUGCAAGAGAACAUGGACUGAAACUAAAAAUUGACCGAAAGAGUGUUUCAGAUCUAGCAAUUGAAAUAACCAGGACGAAGAAAAGAGGAUGA